CGCAGGCGCAGUAAGGCGGCGGCCAUGGCUGACCGAGGCUGGAAUACAGAUACCGGGGAGGCCGUGUAUCGCUCCCGGGACCCCGUGCGCAACCUUCGGCUCCGAGUUCAUCUCCAGAGAGUCACUUCAGGCAGCCUCCUCUUCUGCCAGUCAUCUCCCCAGCUGGCAAAUGACGCUAUAGACUUGGCCACCUUUAACCCACAAACAUCAGCCGGUGGGCACCGGAGAGAUGAAGGGGAUGAAGAAGAGGUGGUGGUCGGUUGGCAGGAGAAACUCUUUAGUCAGUUUGAGGUGGACUUGUACCAGAAUGAGACAGCCUGUCAAACCCCAUUGGAUCAUCAAUAUCGCCAGGAAAUCUUAAAUCUGGAGGCUUCUGGGGGCAGGAAGAAUCGCCGGAUCUUCACCUACACUGAUUCCGAUCGCUACACCAACUUGAAGGAGCACUGUCAGAAAAUGACCACCUCAGACAAUGAGGUGCCCUCAUUCCUGGUUGAGCGGAUGGCGAAUGUCAGGCGUCGCCGUCAGGACCGACGAGGGCUGGAAGGUAAUGUACUCAAGUCCCGAAUUAUCACCUGGAAGCCAACAGAAGAAUUCAUUAGGAGCAACCAUGUCAUCAACACACCGCUUCAGACCAUGUACAUCAUGGCAGACUUGGGAUCCUAUGGAAAGCUCGGUCAGAGUGAUUGUGAACAAGUCCUGUGCACUCUGAAAGUGGACAGUAAUGGAGUGAUCACAGUGAAACCAGACUUCACAGACAACAAGGCGCCUUACCGAAUUGUAAUGGAGGGGGAGAAGCAGGAGCUGUGGAAGUACACAAUUAACAACGUGUCCUCACCUGCACAGCGGGAGGAAGAAGAGCGGGAACAGCGUGUGUUCAAGGAUCUCUAUGGCCGGCACAAGGAGUACCUCAGCAGCCUUGUGGGCUCUGACUUUGAGAUGACUGUUCCUGGCUCCCUGCGGCUCUUUGUAAAUGGAGAAGUAGUUUCAGCCCAGGGCUAUGAAUAUGACAGUCUCUAUGUGCACUUCUUUGUGGAGCUGCCUGAUCACUGGUCAAGUCCGUCAUUUCAGCAGCUCUCAGGAGUAACACAGACUUGUGUUACCAAGUCAGUAGGGACGGAUGAAGUGGCUUACUUCUCUUACCCUUUCACAUUUGAGGCUUCAUUCUUCUAUGACAAUCAAUAUUUUGCAGGUUUCCCUCAGUGGCCUGUGCUGUACUUGGAGGUCAUCUCACUGGACUUCUGGCAGAGAUAUCGAGUGGAAGGCUAUGGCUCCAUUAUACUGCCCUUAGCACCGGGGUCUCAUACUAUGACAGUCUCGACGUGGAGGCCAGUGGAGUCAGGAACUCUGGCGGAACUGAGGAGGUUUUUCAUUGGGGGCUCUCUAGAAUUGGAAGACCUAUCAUAUGUGCGAAUACCAGGGAACUUCAAGGGGAACCGUCUGAGCCGCUUUGGGUUCCGCACUGAGACAACAGGCAGCGUCACCUUCCGCUUUCACUGCCUCCAACAAUCUAAGGCCUUUUCGGAGUCUUCCUUAAGUUGCAAGAAGAUGCAGAGUUUGCUGGACCGCAUAGGAGGAGUCUACAAGCAAAAUACCCUUUUUAAUGUGCUAGAAGCCUUCCAGCGAGCCCGACGCCGCAUGCAGGAGGCUCGGGAAAACCUCCCUCAGGAUCUAGUGGGCUCCCCAAUGCUGUAGCUUCCCAGCCAGCAGCAGCUCCUACCACAAUACUUUCUAAGGUGCUGGCUCUCCCCCCUCCUCCUCUCCUGCCCUGGUCAUCUGCUCCCUGAGAACCAAGAACAGCUACUCCAAGCCGUCUGAGACCAUGGGCUGCCCUGCGGCUCAUAUGCAGCCUUCUGUCUCUGUCUGCAUCUUGUUAACGGCAGAGUCUAGCAAGGCCAGCACUUUCUAGGAUGAGGGCUGCACAGACAGAGGGACUUUAUUGCAGGCUUGCUCCCUCCAGGAAACCCCAGACUGGCCUGCCCUGCAGCAGGCAAGGGCAGCAGAUUAGGACCUGGGGUGUUUGGUGAUUAUUGACCUCACAAGGGAAGCCAGAAAGAAAGAAGAGGUAAAAUGAAUAAGGGUAUUCAUCACCAUCAGAGUUCUGCCUCUCUCAAAACCAUCUUCUUCUUUGACUUCUGCCUUAGGCAAAUUGUGUGUGGUGUUGAGAAUAUGGGAGGGUAUCUGUGUGGUUGUGUGUGUGUGUGUGCGUGUGUGUGUAGGGGAUGAGUACGUCUCUGGUGAGGAGGGUGUUUGUCUGUGACAGUAUGCAUGGGUAUGGGUAUGUAUCUUACCUGCCCAAUCUGACCUAACUUGUAUACGUUGUUGAGUGCUGGGUUUUUGCUUUUAGAUUUUAAACAUAAAACUUGUUUUACACCUUC